AUGCCUAACGAAGCGUUGCUCAACUUUGUAGUUCCAGGGCUUGCUGGUGACAGGGGCAAGACGGGAGGUGGUGCUGCUGGGACUCCUACCAAGGGUACCAGUGCUGAAGGGGCGGGGAAGGGCAAGUGGGCAGAUGUGCAGAGGUUCAGACAUUUGGCCGACUGGAGGGAUCCGUACAACGACCAUGAGAACCAUUCAUGCAAACUUGGCUUCUCUUCUCGUUCUUCCAUCAUGUUCGCAAGCUGGCUAUUGCUUCUCGAGCGCAUCUGUGGUCAGACUCGGCCAUAG